GAAUUACUACUCUCCACAUAUCCUUGAUGUUAACAUCAGUUCUACUCUUGCUUUUCUCAGCAAUAUUGAGUGGUGCGGAUGAACUGUUGAACCCAGUUGAACUUCUACAUCAGGUAACCACUCCAUCGCAGGAAAGCGAGCAGUGGAUCAAUAUAAAAACGGAAUCAAUUACUGAAAAUGAAUUGAAUUUUGGAAGUUACGAAUUCCGAAUGGCUUGUGUAAACGGCGGCAUAUGUUACAAAAAUGAUUCAAAUAAUCUUCGAUUUUUCCUUGUUGGAGACACUGGAGGUUUGCCUAUCUACCCAUAUAUCACAUAUGCACAAAAGUUAGUUGCAAAGUCAUUGGCCAGAAUUGGUGACGAAGAAAAUGUCCAAUUUAUUGUUUCGGCUGGUGACAAUAUUUAUUUCACGGGAGUGGAAAAUGAGUUUGACCAAAGAUUUCAGGAAACAUUCGAAAAUGUAUACAAAGGCAAAGCGUUACAAAAGCCGUGGUACUUAGUUGGCGGCAACCAUGAUCAUUUCGGGAAUAUUUCAGGACAGAUUGCUUACACAAAUCGAAGUCGACGAUGGACAUAUCCGGCAAGCUAUUACAAAGUGUCCUAUGCCUUCGGAAAGAAUGUCACGCUGGUUGAAUUUCUGAUGAUUGAUACCAUUUUGCUUUGUGGUAACACACGAGACAUUACAGAAGCUAGCUUUGUUGAUAUGAUUCUUGCAACUACUGACAAAAAUCCCAAUACGCCAAAAGAUCCAGUAGCAGCAAAAGCAGAACUAGACUGGAUCGAACAGGAGUUGAGGAGUUCAAGAGCUGAUUAUUUGUUUGUUGUUGGCCAUUAUCCAAUUUAUUCGAUAUCCGAGCAUGGUUCAAUGAACUGCUUGAUUGAAAAAUUGAAACCACAUUUGGAAAAAUACCAUGUUACAGCGUAUAUUGCUGGACAUGAUCACACGCUCCAACACAUUGUCACGGAACACUCCUUAUCCUCGAAUGACGAAAAAAUUCCGCUUAAUUAUAUUAUUAGUGGAGCUGGAUCCCGAUCCGAUCGUUCAACUAAACAUAUUGGUACAAUACCGGAUGGAUCAUUACGUUUCAACUAUCCAACGGGAUUCAAUCCAUUCUCACAACUUGGUUUAUCGAAAGGUGGCUUUAUUUAUGUGAACAUGGACAAAGAGAAAGCUAUCUUUACAUUUUACAAUGGCAAAGGCGACGAGAAAUAUUCUUGUAGCAUUACACCUCGAGGAAAGUUCAUGAUGAGCAAUGUGGAGAAAUGAUACACAACAGGCCUAA